CCAUCCGAUCUUCCUCCUAAGUAAUUAACCAGAUAGAUAGAUGGCUCCGGCGCCAACUGUAACUUGGGUUUCCGAAUGGUUUAUCAAACCAUCACACCCGCUCCCAGAAGAACCAAUCCACUUGACACCUUUUGAGCUCGUUUACCUCAACAUCAACUACAGCCAAAAGGGUCUUCUUUUUGCAAAACCACCACCCAGCAAGGAAAUUAAUAAUUUUUCAAUGUCCGCUUUUUUGGAUGACCUACGCCGUUCUCUCUCCGACACUCUCACUAAGUUCCACCCUCUGGCCGGCCGUCUGGCCACUCGGAAACAAUCAAACCCAUCACCAUCGUACGUCAUCUAUUUAGAUCCCGAAAACAGCCCCGGAAUCAAAUUCGUUUACGCGACAUCGUCAGCAACUGUGUCCGACAUCCUUGGUCCAAAUGAUGUCGCAUUGUUUCAUCCAUUCUUCGACCUUAAUCACGCCAUUAACCACGACGGCCAUACUCUCCCGUUGUUAUCAGUUCAGGUGACCGAGCUUGUGGAUGGUAUCUUCAUCGGUGGCUCCAUUAACCACGUUGUGGCGGAUGGAACUUCUUUCUGGCGUUUCAUGGAUUCUUGGAGCCAAACAUAUCUCAUUCUUAAAUCCAACAACAACAACAACACAAAUAAUGAAAAUAAUGUGUCUUCUUUCAUACGAACACCAAUCAAGGGAUGUGAUCCGAUCAUAAAUCUUCCCUACACCCAUCAUCAUCAAUUCAUCGAACGAAUAUUUCCUGAUCCGCAGGCGGUGGUCAUAACAGAGAGAUUCUUCCACUUGUCAUCCUCUUCCAUCUCCAAACUCAAAGCAAAGGCGAACGCCGAGGCGGAAUGCCAAAAGAUAUCAAGUUUACAGGCAGUAUCCGCACUGCUGUGGAGGUGCAUCACACGAGCCCGACGUCUACCGCAAGAUGCUGAAACGGUAUGCAAGCUUGCAACUAGUAACCGCCAUAGGCUGAACCCACCUUUGCCUGGUGACUAUUUUGGCAAUCCGGUUAACCUGGUGAAGGGAACAGCAACGGUGGCGGAUCUGAUCAGCAACGGUCUUGGUUGGGCGGCUUUGCAGUUAAAUGAGGCUAUCAGGAAGCAUGAUGAUACGGCAGUCAAAGGAUGGAUUGACUCCUGGUGUAAAUCCCCGUCGAUAGUGAAACUGAGUGGGAUCUUUGAGCAGUCCAACACUUCUGUCACCAUUGGAAGCUCACCAAGGUUUGACAUGUACGCCUGUGACUUCGGAUUGGGGAAAGCAGUUGCUACCAGAAGUGGUUGCGCAAACAAGGCCGAUGGCAAAAUCACAUUGUUUCCUGGUCGGGAUGGGGCCGGGAGCAUGGGUGUGGAAAUUUGUCUUCUGCCACAAUAUAUGAUGGAUUUGGAAUGCGAUCAAGAGUUCAUUACUACUAUUACUCAAAAUUCAUAUGAAGAUCGAUCCAUCUAAUUGCAAUUUUUGGUUAAGCUUGGUUCGUUCAGUUCUCUGAUAUUAUGUCUCACUAUGUCAUUAAUAAAGAUUUCUAUUUUAA